AUGUCGAUUUCUACUAUUAGGCGGCAGGUAAAAAAUGUCGCCUAUAACUUUUCUGAUGCACAAGUAAAAGUUAGGGAAGCCACAUGCAAUGAUCCAUGGGGACCCUCCACAGCCUUGAUGUCUGAGAUUUCCGACCUCACCAAUAAUCCAAUGGCGUUCACUGAAGUUAUGUCAAUUAUCUGGAAAAGGUUGAACGAUUCAGGCAAGAAUUGGCGUCACGUGUACAAAAGUCUGGUGUUACUCGACUUCUUGAUUAAAUGUGGGAACGACAAGGUUUCACAACAGUGUCGUGAGAAUAUAUUUACCAUUGAGACGCUUAAAGAUUUUCAACAUAUUGAGGAUAAUCGAGAUCAGGGAUUAAAUAUUCGCGAGAAAGCAAAACAAAUAACAGCGUUGUUGACUGAUGAAGAGCGUCUGAAGAACGAACGAACACGUUUCAUGUUGACUAGAACAAAGUUUCGGGAAAACAGCGCUUUGGGUGUUGGAUCAGAACGAAGGAUUCAGCGCUCUGAGACAGGCAAUCCUUUAGAUCCCGAAAUUGAAGAUGCUCGCCCGUCCUCAAUUGGUGAAGAAGAAAUGCAACUACAAAUUGCAAUCGCUCUGUCUAAGGAAGAGCAUGAAAAAAUUGAUGAAAUGAUGAGGAGCGACGAAGUCCGUCUCCAGCUCGCCUUAGAAGAGUCUCAGCGUGAGGCUGAACGGAUGGCUAAAAUGGAACCCAAGACUGUAAACAGUGGUCAGUUGACACAAAGUGCAUUAGAUGAUUUGCUUUCACUUGGAGUUGGAGAGGUCGUGGCAAGCGAGCAGCCUACGUCAUCCACCGCCGCAUGGGCAAACACUGGUCUUGUUGACCCCUGGGCAUCAGCUUCUCCGCCCCGAUCUACAUCUUCUAACUUAUAUUCAAUUGGCCAAGUAAUGAAUCACGAUCCAUGGCUACCUUCCACCGGGAAACCUCUGCUUGCAACAACUAAUGCUCCCGUUUCUAUUCUGAAGCAGUCCUCUGCUAUUGAUCCUUUCUCAACGUGGGAACAACAACUAGACCCGACACCAAAUGUUGAGGUCUCUCAUUCUUCAGCAAUGACGAAUGGUUCUGUCAUCAGUGGACCUCGAAAAACUCCAGAAAAUUUCUUGGGCGAGAACAGCAGCCUUGUUAAUUUGGACAAUCUUCUUGGUGUAUCCUCCUCUAAUAAUUCAAGCUGUGCGAAUCCAUUUCUUGGCAACUCGUCUUCUUCGGCUAAUCCAUUUGCUGCCCAACAAAGGAAAUCACCAACGCUGAACGAGAUGCGUGCUGCACAAACUGCUUCUAUUCCACCCAUUCCUCUUGUUGGACCUAGGGUAGGAGUACAAGGACAACCUUCCCAAUCAGCUCAAGAAUCCAAUCCAUUUGGCAGUCCAUUUUGA